AUGGAGGGAGGGAUCAGUGUCUGAAGGUCACUUAGGCACCGGGUCCUCCUGCAGCUCCCAUCCUUUUUCCUCCUUUCUCCUAGUUCAGCGGCUGGCCCUGAGCUGCUCCUGUGACUUCUUCCGGGCUCUCUUCACUUGCCCCAUGCGGGAGUCGACCCACGACCCCACAGCCCCGCUGAGCACAGGACUGACCCCCUCAGAGCUGCGCCUCCUCCUCUCCUUCGCCUACACAGGGGCCGUGGUCGGGCCGUGGUCCACGGUCCUGGAGGCAGCCGAGACCUCCCUGCGCUACCAGGCCUGGGGGCUCCUCACCCUCUGCCUGGAUGUUUUCACCCACGGCCUGACCCCGGAAAUCGGCCUGGAUGUGCUGGCCUUUGCAGUGGCUUACGGGCUGGUCCAGGUGAGCCGCGCAGCGGAGGACUACAUCUUGGCCACCUUCCCUACUGUAGUGGCCACUCCAACCUUCCUGGAUCUUCCUGCCCACCUUCUGAUCCGCCUCCUCCGCUCUGACGGUCUUAACGUCCUCCACGAACUGGAGGCUUUGGAGGCGGCAUCCCGGUGGCUGAAGGCCAAUGGGGAUGGCAAAGAGGACCUAACCAAGGAAGUUCUGUCGUCCGUUCGCUUUGCCCUCAUGUCUGGCCAGGAGCUGAAGAAGAUCCCAUCGGUGACGGCGGGGGUGGUGGACCCAGGGCUCCUCCGCCAGCUGGUGGUUGAGAGUUUGUCCCCCAUGGUCCAGCUGCCGUGCCGGGUGCGCUCCUUGCAAGAGGUGCUGGUGGUUUGUGGAGGAGACAAACUGACGCCGAACAUGGCUGCCCGGAAGCCCAGCAGGAACCUCUGGUUUGCCCACCGCUACCUCAGUGCUGUGGGGCUGGUGAAGCACGUGGAGUGGAGGGCAUUGGGGAACUUUCCUGACGGUCCGCGCUUUCGCCAUGCUGUGGCUGUGGUAGGAAACACCCUCUACGUCCUGGGUGGAAAGUGCUACUAUGGGAUCCGUGACACCCUGGCCAGUGUCUACAGGUAUCAGCCCAUGGACAAUUCCUGGGAGCGCCUGGCCAGCAUGACCUGCGGGCGAAGCUACUUUGCUGCUGUGGCGCUUGAUGGCUCCAUCUAUGCCCUGGGGGGCAGCUCGGGUGAUCUCUACUGCACGGACACUGUGGAGUGUUACAACGUGGCCUCUGACACCUGGAGGAGGUGCCAGUCCCUGCCAAUGGCUCUGUGUGGACACGCAGCGUGUGCCCUGGAUGGUGCCCUCUAUGUGUCAGGGGGGUGUGAUGAGGCGUACCAGUGCCAGACAGCCCUUCUGCGCUACAUCCCAGGUGCACCAGCCACACUCCUGGCCCCUAUGAAUGGCCAGAGAGCUGGCCACAUCAUGGAGGAGGCGGGUGGGCAGCUCUAUGUGGCCGGGGGGCUGUGCCAGCGGGACGGGCAGACUGGCUACAGGGACCAGCUGGCCUUUGAAGUCUACAGCCCCAAGCUAGAUAUCUGGGUCCUCCUCAGCCCUUUGCCCCACGCCCAUGUAGUGGGGGGUGCAGCUGUGCUGGGGGGGGAGCUGCUUGUUCUUGGAGGGUACAGCCAUGAAACGUACCGGGACACCCACCUGAUCCAUGCCUACCAGCCGGGCGCCCGGCGCUGGAUCACCCGGGGCACUUUGCCCCAUGCCUAUACUGACCUCCAGGUGUGUGUCCUCACUGUCCCCCAAGCACUACGUGGCCCCAAUUGCCUCGAGGACUCCUCGAGAUCACCUGAUGCCCUCUGUAACACUUAGGGGUCAUUUGAAGCUCUGUACUCCAUACUGGGCAUCCAGUGGGCACCUCUGUGGGGCAGAAUUUUCCCCAGGUUCCUCCCCAGGGAGUCCCCUACACUGUGGGGCACAAAGACCACACUGCACACCACCACAUGUACCUUCAGGAAUGCUCACGAUGUUGCCCCGCCACCCCAAGCCCUUCAGUGGGAGCUGAGGAUCUCCCAGUUCCCCCACAUCCUUUUACUGAAUAAAAGAGGCUCCUGAAAUGCCUGUCUGGGUCUCUUUUGUUCUGCUGGGGAACCCAGACGUUCGGAUGGUUCUCUCACAAGUGA